AUGAAACGCCAUAACUCAGCGUUAACAACAACGAAUGAAUCAAAUUUUAUUUCACCACAAGGCUAUGUUAUUGGUGUGACCAGCAUAACUAAAAAUGAAAACAAUUCGAAUUUUCAUUAUAAAUUAACAAUGGAGGGUCCUAAUGAUACAAUCAUAACAGUCCUACGAUACUUGUUACAAAGCAAUACAUGUCGAUUACAUUCACUCUUAACAACGCAUCAUAUUAAUCAAGAAGGAAUUGAGUUAUCGUGUAUCGAAUUCAUUGGCAGAUCUUAUAUGAUUACAAACGAUACUCAAUUAAUUGAAAAAAAUUUAACAUAUGAACCACAAUGGCGUGCUACUGAACAUAUUGUAAAUUUGAAAACAUUAGCUGAAGAAAGAAUAUGUUCAGUCGAAUGUAAAGUUUUUCAAAUUGGUGAACCUCAACCAUAUGUGAUUACAUCAGGUUAUAAACGAAUCCAAAAAUUACGAAAAGAAGCAAUAAUUGCAGAUCAAACUUUCACUAUUGCAUUAAAUAUACAUGAUAUACACUUCAAUUCAAUCGAACUUGAUCAAUCAUACAAGAUCAAUGCAAUCAAAACAAGAUUAUUCAAGGAUAUGAUUUCUUUAUCUACUAUCGCCGAAACAACGUAA